AUGACAUUUGAGGAUCACUUGGCACUGGAAUUGACGGCAACUCAAGCAGGAGUGGUGCAGGAUUCCGCCGAGGGGCAUGUGACUUCCAGAAGACAUGCGCAUCCCGUCAGCCAAGGACAACUGGAGGAUGAUUUGCCGUCAGGAGAAGAUGCCUGGUUGGGUUGGAAACAAAUAACGGCCGCCAAAGUCUAUGCCAAGUUGAUGGUGGUCUCUGUCACGGUUCUCCUAAUGUUCUGGUUCAGUUAUGUUGUCGUCAUUUGCAACUCUACCUACUUUUGGAGCCCCAAGAACAGCGAUAAGGACAAUCCAUUGGAGGUUCUUGUGUGUGAACCCAUCAAAUCUGUGGUUCUUUCCUGGUCUUGGAAGCUGGAAGAAGAGCAUUCGGGGUUCCCCAUGUGGCCAGCGACGAUAGUUCUCACAACAAUACUCAUUGUUCUGCCAGCAGUACUCUUGCUGGUACCCAUCUCGGAUAGCAGCAACACCAAACCAUGCAGAACGAGCAGAACAUCAGAGUCUUGGUGGCAGAAGAUGCAAAUCCGCUUUCGUUUCCGCGGCGACCCAGAUAUCCGACUCUGGUCUUGCAUCUUGUUGAUUGUUCCCAUUGCCACCGUCCUCCUCGUCAUGUUGUUCAAACCCAUCCCGGAAGAUGUCCGACAAACCAUGCAUCAGGAUGUUGUGACCGUCGUUGUCACACAACUCAUUACCAGUUGGGCCAACCCGACAGGAUAUGGUGCCGUGGUGGCAUUGCCCUUCUUUCUGGUCCCCGUUGCCAAGCAAUCGCCACUCUUGUCACUGCUGGGGCUGUCCCCCGCACUGGCAGUAGGAUUUCACAUUUGGGCGGGACGCAUCUGUUGGGUCUUGGCCAGCAUUCACGGGACACUCCAUACCAUUGUGGCGGUCUUUGCUACUAACAGUAACGGCAGUCACAAAGGGAUGCUCGAAACGGCAAUUCACAACUUGGUUCCCAUGGAAAGGAACUGCUGGAGGUGGCAGAGCCCAGGAGGCUUUCGAAAGGAUGAAGAACCAGAAACCUAUUGUUAUCAUUCUUGGCUUAAUCUUACGGGCAUUAUUGCUGUCACGGCACUCUGGAUCCUGGUCAUGACAUCAUGGAAUGUGAUUCGGCGACGAUACUAUAGAUUCUUUUACCAUUGUCAUAUCAUCUUUGGGGCCAUCAUGAUGCUCUUUAGCAUACUGCACUUUUAUUGGAUUGCAAUCUACCUCAUGCCCGGCGUGGUCUACUAUUGGUUUACCAUUUUGGUGGAUGGAUUCUACGACAGUGGUCCUGACUGGGUUCAAGAAUCACUGGGCUAUGGUCGUGAUACGCUGCUUUUUGUCGCAGCAGGGAUUGGAAUUACUCCCGUCCUUCCAGUUGUGAUCAAUCUCUGGAAGAAGCUUUCCACUUCUGCUCGUGGCUCUCCCAUUGACAUUCACAUUCAUUGGUACUGUCGCGAUCCAACGCUAGUGCAGCAUGUGUGGGCCCACUAUCUGAAACCGCUCAUCGCAGCAGAGACUCAACUGACGCAGCCGGCAGCACAUGAUCAUGAUGGCAGCAACCAGCAAUCGAGAAUACACUUUUGUGUCCAUCUGACAUCGAGUCGCAGCGGAGAUGAUGAUCCAACGCGCGACUUUGAUGAGUGCGACGACGAGAAGCAACCAGAUUCAUCCCGUGGUCUCGUGCGAGGCGGCGACAACGAUCAACGCAGUCCCUCUGGAUCCCCCUUCCAAGUUUCGCCUCGAAGUACUCUUAGGCUCGCGGCAGUCACCAUGAUCAUCACAUUUGGGAUUCACCUUUGGUGGUAUCAUGAAAUGUCUUGGAACUACCGUCACCGAAUCUUUGUCCGUGGCUACUCUCUGGGUGUUGCGAUUGCUGUUCCCAUUUUAGUGUUCCUUCUUUUCGAAUUUUCUCGAUGGAUUCUUGCAGCACAUCCGCAACACGCUCUGGUCAGCGCUGAAGAUGAUGACGACGACGACGAUGUGGAGAAGAGCAGUGAAACGUUGGAUGAGGUCGCCCUGACGAAUAACGACGAAAAGGUCAUUGUCAAGGGAACGUGCCGAUUUUCACUCGUUUUCAACCAAGGGCGACCUCCAUUGGCCAACGUGAUUCACCCAAUUGUCGAAAGCGAAUCUCCUGCCGUCUUCUUUUGCGGUCCGGGCAGCUUAUGGACCGAGAUGAAAGGGAGCGUGGAAGCCGCCAGGAAGGAUCGCAACGAUAGCUCUCGACGAUGCUGUGCCUGGUUCAAGGAGCACUUUGAACUUUAA